CAUCCAGACCCCCGGCUGAACCUGCUGCCCAGAGCCCCAUGAAGCUGAUGGCCCUGCAGCUGCUGCUCUGGCACAGUGCACUCUGGAUGGUGCAAGAAGCCACCCACCUCGGCCCUGCCAGCUCCCUGCCCCAGAGCUUCCUGCUUAAGUGCUUAGAGCAAGUGAGGAAAAUCCAGGCUGAUGGCACUGAGCUGCAGGAGAGGCUGUGCACCACCCACAAGCUGUGCCACCCUGAGGAGCUGGUGCUGCUUGGGCACUCUCUGGGCAUCCCCCAGGCUUCCCUGAGUAGCUGCUCCAGCCAGGCCCUGCAGCUGACAGGCUGCCUGAGCCAGCUGCACGGUGGCCUCUUCCUCUACCAGGGCCUCCUGCAGGCCUUGGCGGGGAUCUCCCCAGAGUUGGCCCCCACCUUGGACAUACUGCAGCUGGACGUCACCGACUUUGCCACCAACAUCUGGCUGCAGAUGGAAGACCUGGGGGUGGCCCCUGCCGUGCAGCCCACCCAGGGCCCCAUGCCGACCUUCACCUCGGCCUUCCAGCGCCGGGCAGGAGGGGUCCUGGUUGCUUCCAAGCUGCAGAGCUUCCUGGAGCUCGCAUACCGUGUCCUGCGCUACCUGGCCGAGCCCUGAGCAAAGCCCUCCCCCUCCAGUGUAUUUAUCUCUAUUUAAUAUUUAUGCUUAUUUAAACCUAGUAUUUAAAGACGGGGAAGACAGAAAGGAGCCCCAGACUCCUGGGUCCUUCCCUGCACCUCCAAGUUUCAUUCUCCCGCCUGUAGCAGGGAGAAAAACUCCCGUCUUCCCGUCCCCUGGACUGGGAGGGAGUUGGUAAAUACCAAGUAUUACUUCCUGUGACUGCUCCCUGCCUGGCUCUGUGGUGGGCUCUGGGGAGAGCCACAGCGAACCCCUACCCUGAGGGUGCCUACCUCGGGGCCCUUGGAAUCAUCGGGAAGUCUCCCACGUGGGAGAUGAGACAGCCCUGUUUAAUAUUUAAACAGCAGUGUUCCCCAACUGGGUCCUUGCACCCCUGGCUCUGGCCUGACUUGGCUGCUUCCCUUGAGUCCCCUUUGCCUCGGGCACGAAGCCCAUCAGAGGCAGCCGGAGCCGGGACGCUUGACCCUGGGGUCCCGCAAAUUUGCUGGGGAAUCGUUUUAAGAUUUUUGGGGGGCACGUUUUGACUCCUUGUGUGGGGAGCCCAGGCAUCAGCGACGCCUCUUGUUUUUCUGGAUGCGCUACAGACACCAUCAGGCUAGUGGCGCCUGCCCCACCCCGCCGGGGUCAGGGUCGGGAUUCUGACUCCUUUUCAGGCUGGGCAGUCGUGUCUCUGCCUUGCUGGGUGGGACUGGGA